AUGUUCUUCGGCGGCGGCUUCCCCGGCAUGGAUGGCGGCUUCCCCGGCGGCGGCAUGGGCGGCAAAGGCCGCGGCAAGAAGGCGGCGGACACCAACAAGUUCUACGAAGUCUUGGAGGUGAGCAAGACCGCCAGCGACGCCGACAUCAAGAAGGCCUACAGGAAGCUCGCGGUGAAGCACCACCCCGACAAGGGCGGCGACCAGGAGAAGUUCAAGGAUCCCCUUGAAAUCACGAAGGCCUACGAGGUGCUGAGCGACUCCGAGAAGAGGGCCAAGUACGAUAGGUACGGCGAGGAUCGGGCCUGGAGGAUGGCGGCGGAGGCGGAGACCCUGGCGACAUCUUCGAGGCAUUCUUCGGCGGCGGUGGCGGCGGCCGCAGGCAGCAGCAGAAACGCAGGAAGACGAAGGACGUCGUGCAGCCAAUCAAGGUGA